UAACUAGGUUGUUGAGACUCUGUUUCGCGUUUGCUGCUUACAGUCCCUGGGUUGGGCGUGAUGGCAGUCCUUUCCCGCUCCAACCCUUUGCAGACCCAACCGGUCUGGGAUUUGCUCCACAAUCCACAACUUUCAGAUUCUGGAUUGCAUUCCAAGCCCACCACGUCGAUGACAAGCAAGCUGAGGAAGCCACAAGAAAUGCACAGAGGGAGGUCGAACUCUGGGAAGCCGCAGGCCAAAAUCCGGCUCAUGGGGACGUUGCUCAGGCAUUGGCGGAACUCACUCCAGGAGCUCUGCAGCCAUGAGGUCUUCCUCACCAAGCUCAACUGGGAGCUGGUCGAGGCCAUCCAGGACAUGGAGGAGAGCUCGGCCCUGAAAGCGCACGCGAUGCUGCAGCAGCAGGACCUCCUAGCGACCAUCAUCGACAUCUUGGAGUGGUCCAACCAGAAGAAGCUGCAGCAGCUGACACGUGAACUUAAGGAGUGGGAGGAGAAGGAGGAGUCCAAGAUAAAGUGUGAGAAUCCGGGGGGCGAGCUCCCCAUCCCCUCUCUGGCUCCUGGGAGGUCAGCAGCGCACCCACCUUGCACCUGCCUUUUGGAAACCAGCAGCCCCAUCAUCUCCCUGCUUAGGCAGAUGGGACGCAGGGACUGUUCACCCAUUUUGCAGAUGGGAAAGCUGAGGCUAAAGAAAGUGAAAGUAGCCCGCCGAAGGGCAGGGAGCGGGGAGCCGGAAUCCAGCCCCAGCUUCCUCCGUUUCCUGCCAAGGUCGCUCUGGGAGUCAGUGGCUGGGCCUGGUCCCAGGUCUUCCAUCAUGUUGAGCCUGUGGUUUCUUUCCCGGGAGCAGACUGGAAGCCCUCUGCGGGACGGGGUGGUGUGUCAGCGAGCCUCAGACCCUGGGACGCCACCCCCCACGGAGGGCAGCAGGACAGACUUUCUCUUCCUGGUCAUUUUAUGGGCUCCUUGCCUUGGGAGCAAGUGUGUGAGGAGGCCGAGGUCCAGGGAGGGACAGUCUUGGCGAGGGUCGCACAGUAAGUCAGCUGGGACUAGUCUAGCGAUGUUGCCCUGAGUGUCACUUUCCUACCCCGUGCUGCCUCUCCUGCCGGGGGUAAAAGACUCUCUCGGGACUUAGCUUUUCACCGCCUCCCAGCCUUGUGUGAGCUCGCUUCAGCCAGAGCCACUGGCCCGUGGAGAGCUCUGCCUCCCGGAUCUCCUGCGAGGGGUCCUUGAGGGAGGAUCCUGCCUCCUGUCCCCCCCGAU